GUUAACAAACUAUAUUGGAGCACAUCUACAAGAGGAAAAAAGGACAAUCAAGAACACCUAUGAGCAAGCCACAUAUUUUAGCUAUUCCUUACCCAGCACAAGGCCAUGUAAUUCCCUUGAUGGAGUUAUCACAGUGCUUAAUAAAUCAUGGCUUCAAAGACAGGAAUGAGCUGGGUCAGUUAUCUGAAGCAAUAUACCGAGUGAUGCCUGGGAAGUUGGAGGAGCUCAUAGAGAAGAUCAAUGGAGAGGAAGGUGACAAAAUAACUUGUGUCAUUGCUGAUUUCAUUAUGGGAUGGGCUCUGGAAGUGGCCGAGAAAAAGAAUAUCAAGAGUGUUUCCUUUUUCCCUGCGGCAGCUGCAGUUCUUGCGUUGAAUUUUUGUGUUCCACAGUUAAUAUGUGUAGGAAUCAUUAAUAAUGAUGGAACUGUAUCAAAAGACCAAGUGAUUCACUUGGCACCAAACAUGCCCAUCAUGAAGACCGAAGACAUGCCGUGGUUAUGCUUUGAUGGCUUAGCCACUCAGAAAAUUAUGUUUCAAGUCGGACAAAGAAACAACAGAGCUGUGGAACUGGCAGGCUGGGUUAUUUGCAACUCAACAUUUGACCUCGAACCAGCAGCAUUUGCCUUGGCACCCGAGAUUUUACCAAUAGGCCCUCUUUUGGCAAGCAGCCGGCUUGGAAAAACAGCAGGAAACUUCUGGCCAGCGGAUUCCACUUGCUUGGAUUGGCUCGAUCAACAACCACCCUGCUCAGUCAUCUAUGUUGCAUUUGGAAGCUUCACAGUUUUUGAUCAAACUCAGUUCCAAGAAUUGGCUUUAGGUCUUGAACUGUCCAAUAGGCCAUUCCUGUGGGUUGUGAGGCCAGAUAUCUCUGAAAGUACUCCCUAUCCAGAAGGAUACCAAGAACGAGUAGGCUCUAAGGGAAUGAUGGUGGGAUGGGCACCCCAACAGAAGGUUCUAUCCCAUCCUUCAAUUGCUUGCUUCCUAAGUCACUGUGGUUGGAACUCUACCAUGGAAGGUGUAAGCAAUGGGCUUCCUUUCUUGUGCUGGCCAUAUUUUGCUGACCAGCUCUGUAACGAGGGCUACAUUUGCGAUGUUUGGGAGGUGGGAUUGAGGUUUGAUAAGAAUGAGAGUGGAAUCAUCCCGAAAGGAGAAAUCAAGAACAAGGUGGAACAACUUCUUGGAGACGAAAAUUAUAGAGCAAGGGCUUCUAAACUCAAGGAAAUGGCCUUGACUAAUGUCAAAGAAGGAGGCCAAUCUAACAAGAUCUUCAAGAAUUUAAUUGAAUGGAUAAAAUCGUAG